AUGCUGGCGACGCUGGUGACGCUGGAGGUCUUGCGAUGUCUUUCGAACAGAAAUAAGGGCCUUGUACUCUACAAUGACCUUACCGACAUCGAGAACUCUAUACUGGCUGGCUCGAAAUACGUGCCAACUCUCGUUGCGCUGAUCAUUGUCACACUCUGGAGUUUCUGUGCCUACGACGUGAUGCGACUGGAGCCUUAUUUGCAGCUAUCCAAACACAAUGGCGCGCCAGCGAGUGUGCUCUUUCUCAAUUAUAAUUUCUCAUACGGCAUCCUGGCUCCUAUUACCGCGGCACGCCACAACCAUUGGCUCGUUUUCUGCGUGUCAGUCAUGUCCUUGGUCCUACGAAUGUUCCUGCCGUCGCUAUGUUCCGGUCUCACAUUAUUGAACGAUUUGGAUAUGCAUAACGCCCAGACGGUGAGAUUAUGGCCUGACUUAAUUGAUGGAGAUUCCCAAGCAGCAUGGAUGCAUGGUCAGUUGCCACAUCGCGGCCAUUCAGCCAUGUCGGCCAUGAACGCCCACCUGCCACCGCUUCGUUCUGCCGACUACGCGAUGCCCCCAUUUGUCAUGCCUGGCGAGGAUCAGAAUGAGAAUACCAUGCUGUAUUUGAAUCAAACAGUCUAUUGGGCCAACACAACCUGCGCCGAUACAAUACUUGAUCAGCUUCCCCCCGGGAGCGUUUCUUUUGGAAACAGGACCGCGGAUGGCCGUCGGACGGUAUCGCUAAAAGCCCAUGGAUCUCCUGUAUCCGGGGCAGGUACUACCACCAACGGUUGCGAAAUCGACAUCGCUCUUAAUAGUACCAUCCCGGAUGAUACCGACUCCUUCCAAUUGCGCUAUUGGGAGCCCCGCCAGGGAAAUUCGACUUCCGGAGUUUUCAAUGCCGGCCAAUGUGAUCAGUAUGCUUUUUAUUCUCUUGUAGCUGACUUGAAUGUGAGAGGUGAUGGGUCGAUCUCGACGACUAAAGCUGCUGCGUUUGGCUGCAGAGUAACAUACCAACAAGCGACGGCCAAUGUUUCCAUCACCGCCAAUUCCUCAAUCGAUUCUGUCUCGAUUUACCCCAACACCAUUAAUCGAUUGGGACUGUCGGAUUUCAGAGCAGAUGAAUUCCAGGGCCUGAUGUAUCUAUUGUCUGAUGGCGCCAUGGCAGAGCAUGGCCAGGCCGCAAACGCAUCCAACCAACUAGUGCCACACAGAGCUACCUUCAUUACCGAUCCGGCGCAGUACCAGGGUGACGUUGCUAAUCUCUGGAAGCAAACUUUUGUUUUCACCGUGAAUCGAAUGUUCGACCCGAUGACAGGCUCGAUUGAGGUGGAUGCGCUGCAAGUGACACCGAUGAUCUCUGUCAUGGUGAUAUCACAUACGGCCCUUAUCGCAGAAUCCAUACUUGGCUCAGCUAUUAUUCUACUGUUAUAUCUCGUUUGCGUUUAUCCACGCCGACCGAGCUUUCUGCAAAGUGAUCCCGGGUCUAUUGCGGCACAAUCCCGAAUUAUUGCCGACUUGUUUCACCCCGACACUGCCGAGGCUCUAUCAUGUGCCAAUCUGCACAAGGCCACUACCCGACAGCUUCGCGGAUGGGCGAGAAAUCUGCAUUGCCAAUGGCGAGAAGGGCCACAUGGGUGGCGGAUAACCUUUGUUCCGACCGAUGGACGUUCUUCGACCAUCUCCGCUCGCGCAGCUCGUCGACAGCAAGAUCCCGUUCCGCAUUUCCUCAUGAUACCUUGCUUUGCAAUUGAAUGUCUAUUGCUCAUCGUGAUGCUGGUCGUUUUCUCAUUAUCACUAAAGCGAUUUGGGUUCCAUGAUGAUAACCCCUCUUAUUCCAAUUGGGAUAUCAUGUGCCUACUUUUACUCCUUUACGCUCCCAAUGUGAUCGCCUCCAUGAUAACCGCCCUGCUGGCGUCUAGCCUACGUCAUUUGAGCACCUUAGAACCAUGGGUACGGUUGGAACGAGGUAUGGCCACUGCCAAGCAGACUCUGUUGAUGGAUUACUCCUCUCGAACUCCGCUGGCGGUGUUCGCAAAAUGUACAAGAAACGGACCCCCUCUUUUGACCGUCGUGUCGCUGGCCUGUGUCAUCGAUUUAGUCCUCAGCCUCGUCAGCGGGAGUCUUUUCAUACCGCAGACCAAUCAAUACGAGGAUCCUACUUCCGCCCUAUCGCAGCAGUACAGCCUUUCGAAAUUUUCUACAUCAGAAUCUGCACCCGAAUUCGACAGCUUUCAUUUUGUCCCAUUGAGCAAGACUAUGCCCCUUCUUCCGUGGACCACUUCUGAUUAUUCAUUUUAUCCUCUGGCAAUCAAUGACACAGAGAUGGGUCGUUCGUUUUAUACCACUACCACGCGCGGAAUUGGCGCAGAUCUAACGUGUCGGGAACUUAAUGCCAACCAGCUACGAGUGGAAGCCAAGACUGGCAAACAAUACUGGCUUUACCAGCCCUUCGAUCAUGCUAGUAGUGAACACUGUACUGUGGAAGCUCCUUAUCCAGCAGGGAUCGAUAACACAACCUUCGAUGACAAGUCUAUUCGUUACUUAACGCCACUUGAGUCUGGAAAGUGCCAAACGAACACCCUCGUCGUUGUUGCACGUUGGAGUAUGAUCAACAGCACUGCCGGGGAUCCAGAUUACACACUAGCAUUGCACUGUGAGCCCCAUAUCAGCAUUCAAGAUUUCGAAAUUGACUUCAAUUUCGACGGACAAGUGCAAACGCGCAGACCGGUGCCUGGCAGCGCAAUCACAAGCGGAAGCGUGAUGGCCAAUGCCACCAAGAGCCUCGCGCGAUAUAACCACGCACUGGCCCAGGUUGUCAAACGAUCUGCCACCCAUCGCCUGUCUUCUUUUUCUCCCUUUGACUGGCCUGGGAUGUUGACUGCGCAUGCCUACGAAGAAGUAGACCCUGAAUUUUCAUCAUUCGACGCCGGCAUCUUGAUCAAUGCGACACAGUCCGUUUACUCGACCAUUUUUAGUACCUACUUCUCGCUCUGGCGAGAACUGUAUCUUGAGCGGUUGGCUGAGUCUACGCUGCCCGCUUUGAACGGGACCCGAACCGACCUGUACUGGGAGAUGACCCUGUCCAUCCCAACCAUGGUCAUUGUCAUCGUGAUCGUCUCAAUGGAUGUGCUAGUCAUGGCCGGGGUUUUCUUCACACGCCGCGGACGCUUCCGAGGACCUCGUAUCCCUCGAUCAAUCGGGGCUCUUCUGCCGUGGGUCACGCAUAGUCAUAUGAUGCGGGAUUUCAGACAAGCAGGUCGAUUGGGUCUGUCUGAAUGGGAAGGGUAUCUCCAGGAAGACUUCAGAAGGUACCGAUUCGGAGAGUCUGUAUGUUCGGACGAGGUGACGCGAUUGACGGUGGAUUACGACCCUGAGUCAAAGAAAGAAGAGCAUGAGAUGCAGGCGAAGGAGCCUCGCGUGGAAAGCAUGGCAGUGAGCGACCCUGAGCUGACAGAUAGAGAAACUGAAAGCCCCAGCCAACCUCCAGGGUAA